AUGGCUCCAGCAGUCCGUCGACCUGUCCGCGUUGGCGGUGCAUCGGGCGGCUUCUCAGACCGCGUCCGAGCAAUUUCAUCUCUAGCAAAGGAUGAUGUCGAUGUCAUAGUAGGAGACUGGCUCUCCGAGAUGACAAUGACCAUGCACGGCACCGGGAAGCUCAGGAAUAAAGAGCAGAUGCUUCAAGCGCGUUCCUUUGAGGAGAAGCUCAACUACGCCAUGUUUGCCGAAAACUUCAUGGAUUGCUUCACUCCCGCGAUCAAGGACAUAGCUACCCGUGGCAUCAAAGUAUGCGUUAAUGCUGGCGCAUCAGAUACGGAGCUGCUGGCACAACUUGUGGAUAAGACCUGCAAGGAAGCUGGGUACCCGUUGAACGUUGCUUGGAUCGAAGGCGAUGACGUUACGGGCACCGUCAAGAGCAUGUUGGACAAAGGCGAGGGAUUCAAGAGCUUAAUGCACAACAAGUCAGUGGCUGAAUGGGGACUGGAGCCUGUUUGCGCUCAGUGUUACCUUGGUGGCUUGGGGAUUGCGAGAGCACUGACUGAGGGUGCCGACAUUGUCAUCGCUGGUCGUGUCUCAGAUGCUUCACCUAUUAUUGGCGCUGCCGCAUGGUGGCAUGAGUGGACAAGUGACCAAUUCAACGAGUUGGCUGGCUCUCUAGUAAUUGGUCAUCUCCUCGAGUGCGCCGCGUAUGUAUCCGGAGGCUACUGCUCAGACUUUCGUAGUCUCCUAGCUCAGGGUAAACACAUCAACAUGGGCUUCCCCAUUUGCGCUAUCGACAACAAAGGUGAAGGUAUAAUGUAUAAAGAGAAAAACACCGGCGGCUGUAUGACUGUCAGCUCGGUCACAUCUCAGCUUCUGUAUGAGAUCCAAGGCCCAUUAUACUACAACUGCGACGUCACCGCAGACUUGACAGACAUCAAGAUCGAACAGGUUGGUGAAGACCAAGUCAAAGUCUCUGGCGUCAAAGGCCUCCCACCACCCCCAACAACGAAAGUUGGCAUUACAGGGUUCGCCGGCUGGCAAGCAGAAUACCACAUCUACCUCGUGGGUCUGCACAUUGAAGAGAAGUGCCAAUGGAUUGAAGAGCAAAUCCGCUACGAACUCGGUCCCGAGCUCAUCAAAAAGUUUGACGUCCUCAAAUUCAUGCAGAACGGAUCCUCGGUCAUCGAUUGUCGCAACCAAGACGUCGCAACCGUCGACUUCCGCGUCUUCGCCCAAUCCAGGGAUAGAGAGCUACUCAACAUGCGUAACCCCAAAGGUUUCUUCCGCAUUUCCAUGGUAAACUUUCUCAUGUCUUGUCCCGGUGCCUCACUAGGCAACGACGUCCGCCAAGCAGAAGGGAAACCAUACUACGAGUACCAUCCCUCGCUGCUUCCCCAAUCCGCUGUAAAACAACGCGUACAUUGUAUUUGGGACGGUGAAACAUCAUAUGGCUUUGAAGACGGCAAGAAAAUAAUCGACAUGCCCCUCGCCCCUUCGUUCCGCGAAUAUCCCCGCCAACAACCCUCCUACGAAACCACUUCUCCUAUUCCCCUCGCCCACUUCGGUCCCACGGUUCGCCUUCCCCUCGGUUCCAUAGUGCUUGGUCGCUCUGGCGAUAAGUGCUCAGAUGCCAAUGUAGGUUUCUUCGUGCGCCAUGCUGAUGAAUGGGAGUGGUUACGCAGUUUCCUUACUAUCGAUAAAGUGAAGGAGUUGCUGGGGACGGAAGAGUAUAAAGGGAAGCCCAUUGAUCGGUUCGAGAUGAAGAAUGUUAGGGCGGUGCACUUUUUGUUACAUGAUCAUUUGGAUCGGGGCUAUGAUGCCUGUAGUACUUAUGAUACACUGGGCAAGAAUGUCUGUGAGUAUAUGAGGGCGAGGAGUGUAGACUUACCAGUAAGGUUUGUGGAAAGGGGGGUUUUGUAG